AGAACAGACAUAGAUUGCUGACGCCAGUGGCUCUUUUUCUCUAUCCCUUUAAUAUUUUGGGUGUUACCUUUUAGAGAGAGAAAGUGAAGAAGAAAAAGGAGAUUGUGGUUUUCGAGGCCAAAUCCAUUGGGCACUCCAUUCGGUACUAUUUCAGUUCGUUGUCUUCACUACAAAACAAAAUGAGUACAUUGGACGCGACAAGAGCAGAACUUGCAUUAUUAGUUUUGUAUCUGAACAAGGCUGAAGCCAGGGACAAGAUAUGCAGGGCAAUUCAAUACGGUUCUAAAUUCUUGAGUAAUGGGCAGCCUGGUACCGCCCAGAAUGUUGACAAGUCAACAAGCUUGGCCAGGAAAGUUUUUCGACUUCUUAAGUUUGUCAAUGAUCUGCAUGCUCUUAUUAGCCCAGUAACUCAAGGAACUCCCCUUCCUCUUGUUUUGUUGGGAAAGUCAAAAAAUGCACUGCUGUCAACUUUCUUAUUUCUUGAUCAAAUCGUCUGGCUUGGUAGAAGUGGCAUCUAUAAGAACAAAGAACGGGCUGAUCUAAUUGGCCGUAUAUCUCUUUACUGUUGGAUGGGGUCCUCAGUCUGUACCACAUUGGUUGAGAUUGGAGAGCUUGGAAGAUUAUCUGCAUCAUUGAAGAAACUAGAGAAGGAGCUUAAGAACAGCGAUAAACAUCAAAAUGAGCAAUACCGUGCUAAACUUCAAAAAUCUAAUGAGAGGUCACUGGCCCUCGUUAAGGCGGCAAUGGAUAUUGUCGUAGCAGUUGGCCUACUUCAGUUGGCACCCAAGAAGGUUAACCCUCGUGUAACAGGAGCCUUUGGAUUUGUUACCUCGUUGAUCUCCUGCUACCAGUUACUGCCAUCACAACCAAAGGCCAAGACGCUGUGAAGAUCCCAAGCCAGUUCUGCUCAGGAAAUUAUGUCAUUUUAAUAAUAUUAUUUGAACUUGCUGGUGUAAGCUUUUAAGCUAUUUGACAUCUUCCAGAUGACCUUAAAAAGUUCAUCACUAUAUAACGACAACUGCUUAGCGUCUUUGUUGUCACAGUUCAUCAUGCUCCUUGAAAUGGUAGUUAAUAAUAUAUUGAUGCCAAUUCCGCUUCUUAUCUCA